AUGUUGGACAUGCAAGAAGUAAAGAGGAUACUGACUGUUUUCAUGCUGGCCACCUGCCUUACACGCCCUGGGAAAGCACAGCAGCAAUGCACUAACGGGUUUGACCUGGACCGUGCCUCUGGGCAAUGCUUAGAUAUUGAUGAAUGUCGGACUAUUCCUGAGGCCUGUAGAGGAGAUAUGGUGUGUGUUAACCAGAAUGGUGGCUAUUUAUGCAUUCCCCGAACAAAUCCAGUGUAUAGAUCACCAUAUGUGAAUCCUUAUUCAAACAUUUAUCCACCACCUCCAGCUCCCAACUACCCCACUGCUACAAGACCUCUGAUGUGUCGGUUUGGCUACCAAAUGGGCGAAAACAACCAAUGUGUUGAUAUUGAUGAAUGUGCUUCCGAGUCACACCAGUGUAACCCCACCCAGAUCUGCAUAAACACUGAAGGAGGAUACACCUGCUCCUGCACUGAGGGCUAUUGGCUCUUAGAAGGCCAGUGUUUAGACAUAGAUGAAUGUCGCUAUGGCUACUGUCAGCAGCUGUGUGCCAAUGUACCUGGUUCCUACUCCUGUACAUGCAAUCCAGGUUUUACCCUUAAUGAUGAUGGACGAACAUGCCAAGAUGUGAAUGAAUGUACAACCCAGAACCCUUGCGUGCAAAACUGCGUCAACACAUAUGGCUCUUUUCUCUGUCGCUGUGAUCCUGGCUAUGAACUGGAAGCUGAUGGAAUUAGCUGCAGUGACAUGGAUGAGUGCAGCUUCUCAGAGUUCCUUUGCCAGCACCAAUGUGUGAAUGAGCCCGGUUCUUACUACUGUUCCUGCCCCCCUGGCUAUGUUCUGCUUGAUGAUAACAGAAGCUGUCAAGAUAUCAAUGAAUGUGAGACUAGAAACUUCACUUGUACUACACAGCAAACCUGUUUCAAUAUCCAAGGAGGAUACAAAUGUCUAGACCCAGUAAAGUGUGAGGAUCCUUAUAUCCAGAUCAAUGACAAUCGCUGUAUGUGUCCAGCUGAAAACCCCGGUUGCAGAGAUCAACCAUUCACCAUCCUAUAUAGAGACAUGGACAUCAUGUCAGGACGGUCCGUGCCUUCUGACAUCUUCCAAAUGCAAGCAACAACUCGCUUCCCUGGUGCCUAUUACAUCUUCCAAAUCAAAUCAGGGAACGAGGGCAGAGAAUUCUACAUGCGGCAAACGGGACCUAUCAGUGCAACUCUAGUGAUGACCCGUCCUGUGAAAGGGCCACGUACCAUUCAAUUGGACUUGGAAAUGAUCACAGUCAACACUGUCAUCAACUUCAGAGGGAGCUCUGUCAUCCGGCUGAGGAUAUACGUAUCACAGUACCCGUUCUAA